AUGGCGAUGGACCCCAAACGCACUCAUUCUGUGAAACUGAAUGAUGGCCACUUCAUGCCUGUGCUUGGAUUUGGCACUCUUACUUCUGAAGGUGUUCCUAAGAGCAAGGCUGCUGAGGCAACCAAAGUGGCAAUCGAUGCAGGUUUCCGUCACAUCGACGCAGCAUAUGUCUAUGAAAAUGAGGUGGAGGUCGGCAAGGCACUUCGAGAGAAGAUUGCGGAUGGCACUGUGAAGAGAGAGGACCUAUUUUAUACCACCAAGCUUUGGUCUACUUUCUUUCGACCAGAAUUGGUUCGACCUGCCCUGGAAAGGUCACUGAAGAAACUGCAACUUGACUAUGUAGAUCUAUACAUUAUUCAUAUACCAAUAGCUAUGAAGCCUGGAGAAGAGCUUAUGCCUAAAGAUGCCAAUGGGAAAUUGAUUUUGGAGACAGUGGACUUGCGUGACACCUGGGAGGCUCUGGAGAAGUGUAAGGAUGCAGGUUUAACCAAGUCCAUUGGGGUGUCCAAUUUCAAUCGCAAACUGCUAGAGAUGAUCUUGAACAAGCCAGGGCUCAAGUACAAGCCCGUCUGCAACCAGGUGGAAUGUCACCCGUAUCUCAACCAGAGCAAGCUCUUGGAAUUCUGCAAGUCCAAGGACAUUGUUCUUGUUGCCUACAGUGCCCUGGGAUCCCAAAGAGACCCAAACUGGGUGGAAAAGGAUUGCCCCAUUCUCUUGGAGGAGCCGAUCUUGAAGGCCAUUGCCAAGAAACACAAUAGAAAUCCAGGUCAGGUGGCCCUGCGUUACCAAGUGCAGCGAGGGGUAGUGGUUCUGGCCAAGAGCUUCAGUGAGAAGAGAAUCAAAGAGAACUUCCAGGUUUUGGAGUUUGAAUUGACUCCAGAAGACAUGAAAGCAAUUGAUGGUCUGAACAGAAAUUUCCGAUUUUUUAAAUUACCAUUUGCUGUUGAUCACCCUUAUUAUCCAUUUUCUGAAGAAUAUUGA